AAUAUGUUUUACCGACGGAUGAUAUAUUCCAGUCUAAUAAGAUACUGGAUUUUGACAUGUCUGAAAGCAGGUCAUUUGAAAUUAUUAUUUGAACAGUGUUUUCAAAUUGACAUUUUGAACAUUUCGGAAGCAGAAUUGGAAAUUCCACGGGUCAGAAAUCAAGAGUCCUGCCUUGUGUUUCUUCCACCCAUGAACGCUGCCAGCGGAUUUUACUAAUUCCUUAUUCCUCCUGGCUGGAGAAUUGUGCUAAUGAGCAAAGCCAGGCGAUUGGAACAAAAUACUGGGGAGGACUUUUAGUUUCUGGACCUGGAUUUCCCACCUCGGUUAGGAAGCAGUCAAUUGACCCUCGCUGUUAGGCGUUUUUGAGAUAAUGUUGAGUCGUAAGGUGUUUUAUUUUAUGUGCCCGCUACUGUACAUUAUUAAGGCCAUAUCACUCAGCUAAUACCAGAAGCACUUUAGCUGGUAGCUAGAAUUAGGCCGCAGGGAAUGACUAAUUUUGAUGCUCUGUGUUCUGAACUGUCUAGUUAGGAUGCACAAUGAGGUGUCGCAACACAAGUGACUGUCAUUUCAAAUCCUCUGAUUUUUAAACAAUGCAUUAUUUAUUCAUGUAUUUAUUUACCCACCGCUGCUUUGGCGAAAAGCUUGGCAAAACAGCUAUUCCUAUAUAGCGUAUCACAAGUGUAUAUAUCACUAUUUUCCAGUGAAGAAACAAUUUAAUCUUUUUUUUUUUUUCAAACUGUUCCAGUGGAAUUAAUCUCAUAAAUGUGGUGAUUUAGUUGAAAUGUGAAGUUUCCAAAAAGCAGGGACAUUAAAAAAUGCUGAGCUUAAGUUCUGCACAAUGUGUUUUCCAGGAAGAAAAAUGAAUGUUCAUCUUACCCUAAAUAUAAUAUCAGUGAUUUAUACGGUUUGACAAUUACAUGGCUGUGCUUCCCACGUAUUAUCAUUUCUAUGUUGCGCCUGAUUUCCUUUAAACUUAGAUUCAGGAUUGGGAAUAUGUGACGUAACCACAGUAACCAGCCAUCCAAAUAACGUCAUUUGAAGUGUUGGAAAACAUUAUAUACAGAACUGAGGAAUGACCGUGACGGCUCAGACAGUAACCGAAAUGAACACUGACGCAUUUGAAAUAGCAAUGUGCUUUUUUUGAAAAUAGAAAAAGUAUAUACUUUUUUUUUCGUUUUAAAAUAUAUGUUUAGAUUGAAGAGGCAAAACUGUGUAGAUUUUUGUAUUUACCUUGCAUGUCCCAAAAGUCUACAUACGUUUAUAUAUUUAUUUAGAAUGUUAAACACACUCUUGCUAUUUAUUGAUGUGUUUUGUCCAAGUCUGAUAAUUUAUUUGGGAUUUUGCGAUGAAAUGGGUCGCUCAAUCACAGUGUGCUGUUUGAUGGGAAUACGGUGUUGUCUGGAAAACGAAAUUCACACAUUAAGCUUUUCGGAGACCUAUUUUGCCAUUGAGGUAGCGUUUGUUCUUAUUCUUCUUCAGUUAAAAACACCAUCAAUGUGUAAAAUACAGUUUUGACGGCACGCGCUGAAAUAUAGAUUAUAUCGUGCAGUGUUAAAAAAAUGUCUGCGAGUGUCGCUGUUGGCCAGCGAGGGGGCGAUAGAUGCGCCUCUCCUCCCACUAGUGUAAUAUUCAGAGAGGGGAGCCUUUCUCCUGCGCCGAGAAAAACACACAUCAGACCGAGUGCUGAUUCCAUUGCUUGUUCUUGUUUCUUGUAUAAUGUAAUUUUGUCCUACGUACUUGCCGGAGUUGUUGGAUUAUAUCGGAAAUCCAUUGGUGCCUAAUGUUGAAAAUGGGAUCCUUUGUGUGCGCCUCGAUGUUCUGCUUCGUUUUCUUUAUCCUCGCGCUGCCGCCCAGCCUGGGAGAUGUGAGCUAUUCUAUUCCAGAGGAGAUGAAGCGCGGAUCUGUCAUUGGGAAUAUAGCGAAGGACCUCGGACUCGAUGCUAAAAGACUCUCAGCUCGCAAUGCCCGUAUAGACACUGAAGAUGGUGAAAGCCAUUCUGUCGAUAUUAAUGGGAACACUGGUGAUUUGAUUGUCAGUGAGAGCAUUGACAGGGAAGAGCUUUGUGGACGGAGGGCUUCCUGUUCUUUAAAAUACGAGCUCGUGCUUGAGAAUCCUUUGGAAUUACAUCGCAUUGUGCUCCAAAUUCAGGAUAUAAACGACAAUUCGCCUCAGUUUCCGAAUGAGGUCAUUAAACUGGAAAUAGGAGAAUCCGCAGAUAAAGGCGCGCGCUUCCCCUUGGACCAGGCCCACGAUGCGGAUAUCGGACAUAACGCGGUUCAGAGCUACACGCUACAAAAGAAUGAACAUUUUGCUUUGGCUGUUCAUACGAACACAGACGGAGGAAAAUACGGUGAGUUAGUACUAGAAAAUGAGCUGGAUCGCGAGGAGCAGAAGGAGGUGACAUUAUUACUUACUGCCGCUGACGGAGGGAGUCCACAGAGAUCUGCUACUGUAGUUAUACACGUCACUGUGUUGGAUGCUAACGAUAAUAUCCCCGUGUUUAACCAGGCUGUGUAUAAAGUCAGUCUGCCUGAAAACUCUCCUUUAGGUGCUGUAGUGCUAACAGUCAGCGCCACUGAUGCAGACGAGGGCGCUAACGGCCAAGUGACGUAUGAGUUUAGCAGUAUAUCUGUGAAAGCAGCGAAAUUAUUUAGUAUUGAGAGGGAGACCGGAGAAAUUAAACUGAUCGGAUCAAUAGAUUAUGAAGACGGAUCUUUUUAUGAAAUGCGAAUCCAAGCAAAAGACGGAUCCGGUUUGGUUUCUGGCACAAAAGUAAUGAUCGAAAUCACUGAUGUGAAUGACAACGCCCCGGUGAUAUUUCUGAAAUCUCUGAACAGCCCCAUCCCUGAGAGCGCGCUACCUGGCACAGAGGUGGGCAUCAUUAAUGUUCAGGAUAAAGACUCUGGGGCAAAUAGACAGGUCCGCUGCUCCAUUCAGCAGAAUGUUCCUUUCAAGUUAACCCCCUCUAUCAAAAACUACUACUCACUGGUGACUACAGGAGAACUGGACCGGGAACUAGUAACGGAUUAUAACAUCACAAUCACUGCUACUGACGAGGGCUCUCCACCCUUAUCUUCCUCAAAGACUGUGCAGUUGUCUGUGUCAGACGUCAAUGACAACCCGCCUGUGUUUGAUGAGCAGUCUUACAGCGCCUCUGUGGCUGAAAAUAACAAACCUGACUCCUCUGUUCUCUCUGUGAGCGCGAGAGACCCGGACUGGAGACAGAACGGCACAGUUUUCUAUUCUCUGCUGUCCGGUGAGAUCAGCGGUGUUCCGGUGUCCUCGUUUUUAUCCGUUAACGGAGACACGGGGGUGAUCCAUGCUGUCAGAUCAUUUGAUUAUGAGCAGUUGAGAAGCUUCAAAGUCCUCGUUGUCGCCAGAGACAACGGUUCUCCUCCUCUCAGCAGUAACGUGACUGUGAGCGUGCUGAUAACUGAUGAGAAUGAUAACUCUCCGCAGAUACUAUACCCUGCUCCAACAGGGAACUCCUUCAUGACAGAGAUGGUCCCCAAAGCUGCUCACGCGGGCUCUCUGGUUUCCAAGGUGAUAGCUGUGGAUGCGGACUCUGGACAGAACGCGUGGCUGUCCUAUCAGAUCGUGAAAUCCACUGAUCCGGGACUUUUCACUAUUGGGGUGCACAGCGGAGAGAUCCGGGUCCAGCGGGACAUUUCUGAAUCCGAUGCCAUGAAGCAGAACCUUGUUAUCUCAGUGAAAGAUAACGGACAGCCCUCUCUAUCUGCUACCUGCGCAGUGUAUUUACUGAUUUCAGAUAACCUGGCUGAAGUCCCUCAGCUGAAAGACAUGUCUUAUGAGGAGAACAAUUCCAAACUGACUUCGUAUUUGAUCAUCGCGCUGGUGUCCGUCUCCACCUUCUUCCUGACGUUCAUUAUUCUGAUGGUGGCCGUGAGGUUUUGCCGCAGAAGAAAGCCCAGACUGUUGUUUGACGGCACAGUCGCCAUCCCCAGCGCAUAUUUCCCUCCCAACUAUGCAGAGGUGGAGGGAGCAGGAACUCUGCGCAGUUCUUACAAUUAUGACGCGUACCUGACCACGGGCUCGCGCACCAGCGACUUCAAGUUCGUCAGAUCUUACAAUGACGUCACAAUGGCCGCUGAUCAGACCCUGAAGAGGAGCCCGAAUGAAACCAGUGAGCAGGAAUGUGGAAAUGAGGGCGAAUCAACAGGCUCUGCUCUGGUGAAUAGGAUUCAUUUUUACUCUUUGUGUUCGUCAUGAAUCAGUGUCACAUUUUUAUGUCCAUGUACACAGGAGACAGGGAACGGUUUUGCAGUAUUUUCUGUAGCAAUUGCUCAGAAUUGUAUUAUAUUAACGGCACUGUUGUUGUCCGGUUAGGUUAAUAUUUUUGUUUAUAGCUAGGCACGCUAAUAGUACAGUGUAAUGAAGCUGUUCAACCAUAUUGGGAUGGCAGGUAUAUUUAAAAUCUUACCAUCUGAAGACAAUGUGGUCAUUCAAACUUCACAUUAAAGUGUCAAAUAACACAAAUUUCCUCAUGCAAGACAUUUAAAUAAAUGUAUGAAACCGCCGAUGAAUACAUACAGUAAUGAUAUUCCUCCAGAAAUGAUAUUCCCCAGGAAGAAUAUUUCUCCAGAAAGGAUAUGUUUAUCCUUGGUUGUGCAGUCCAUUUUACCAAAUUCACAAGUUAUUAUAUAUUUGCAACUUAACAUAAAUAAUGAUUGUAUAAUAAAUUCAGUACAUACAUGCACACAUAUAUGGCAUACUUCAUUAUCCCCAUGGGGGCAUUUCCCUGGCAGCAUGUAACAUUCACUUUCACAAACAGACAUUUAUACCCAGAAACAUACAAUCAUUCACACUGCAGAAAGCCGAGGGGGUAAUACAUCAAUACAGAUUAAAAUAUUGAAUUUAAAUAUUGAGGCCUAUUAAAUAAAUAUUGAAUAUUACAAAGCUAUCCAGUCAUAUUUUUGCCCCACUGAUGUACUAUAUGCUUAUCCACACACAGCCAAGUUACUUGAAACAAUUUAGGAAACGUUGGGUAGCAUUGCUUUGGACUACAGCUUGUUUAAUUUGUGUGAGCUAAAAUAGCCAGUAUUGUUUAUUGUGACUUGGCCUAAUUUUGUUAUCAGUACUUUAAAUGGCAGGCCUAGAUUUAGCAGGUUUGAGUUAAUGACUUGCAGACAAUGCUUUCUUUGUGUGAGUAACUUGGCAUUUUUGUACAAAACG